GGCAUUUUUUUUUCGAAAUAAAAGAUAUAUAAGAUAUUCUUAUUUUCACAUACAAGACAAGUUUUCUUACAUUUCCUUUUUAUUCGUAGAGUCUCGACCUUUAUAUCAUAGUAAAAAUUAAGCUUGUUAACGUUACGUCCCCCGUUUUGUAUGGUCUUUGGUACAUUCCAAGAUGGAUGCAUGUUUGCUGGAAGUCUUUUGGUUUUCUUUGAUUUCGGCAUUUCUGCUCGGCUGGACAGUCUACACCUUAGUGCCCAGCGCUCCGGACUUUCUCCAGGACCUGCUACACUACGGCAAGUGUAAGGUGGUCAGGGAUGACCGCUCCUGGCUCCGAGUCUUCGAUAUCCCCAAAAGAUGGUUCAGCCACUUCUACUACGAGGGGGUGGUGUGGAACAGUUUUAUCCUGCUGGUGACCCUGCUGUCCUUCGUGGGGGGCGUGCCGGCCUUCUGGUGGCUUCAGGAGGGGCUCAGCUUCAUCAGUGACUAUCCGCUGGACCCUCCCACUGCUGACCACGUGUCCGUGCUGCUGGCCCUGAUCUUGUUGGAGUUCCAGAUUAUCCGCAGACUGUGGGAGUGUCUGUACGUGAGCAUCUUCUCGGAUGUGAGUGUCCACCUGGUCCACUACCUGCUGGGUCUGGUCUACUACCUGGCUGUCCCCAUCUCCAUCAUCGCAGAGGGGCCCAAACUCGAUGGCACCAGACUGAGUCUGUCGGACGUGAGAUGGAGCCAUGUGGUAGGGACGGCCUUGUUCAUCUGGAGCUUCUGGCAGCAGAACAAGGCUCACAUCAUCCUCGCCAACCUGCGCAAGGAUAAACGAGGUUAUGUAGUAACAAGAGGACACAAGAUCCCGUAUGGCGGCUGGUUCGAGUACGUCUCCAACCCCCACUACCUGGCGGAGCUCCUCAUGUACCUGUCCAUCAUUAUCGUCCUAGGAGGGGAACAUUACCUCAGCUGGGUCAUUCAAGGUUAUAUUGCGGUGGAGCUGGGCUUGUGUGGCUGGAUCACUCACAACUGGUACAGAACCAAGUUUGACAACUACCCCAGCAGUCGCUCUAUCCUUAUACCCUACAUUUUCUAAUCGCCCCCCUCCCCCUAACUCCCAGGACUUUCUCAAACCACUCUGAGAGGAAUUAAAGCAGUACUUUGUACACCAAGGUCGUCAAAAAGCUACAAUCUCUGAAUCUAUGAAACAUGUUUUGUAAAAAGAUACCAGAUUCCUAGCUACAAAAAUGCUGGUCACCUUGAUUUUUUUAAAAUCUUUAUUUUUUAUACUUAAUAUUCCUUCAAACUUUAAAGUUGAAUUCCAGAAAAUUCAUACUUCAUUUUUGAAAUCUUAAAAGCACUAUAGGGCAUGUAUAAGUAACAGGGCAUACAUUUAAGUUUCAAAUAUUGUUUUAUAGAGAAUUGAAAAUACAAAAUGUAUGACAAUAACUUUUUUCAGUUUUGUGACAUCGGUAUAAUAUUCCUUAUAUGAAUCGAAACAUUGACUAAGAUGUUUGACAAAUGAUUAUGUUUUUUCAAACUCUGAAAUUCAGAAACAAAUUGACCGCUGUUAGAACUAAACUAUUAACUGUCCAAGUUCUUCUACACAUUUUAAACAAUGUAAACAAUGCCAAAA